AUGGCAGAAGUACCAAGUGAAAUUUCUAUGAACAUAGAAGCUAUGGAGGCCAGUGAUGAGGGAAAGAAGAAAUCCAAAUUUAAAGUCUUAAAGAGCUUCUUUGUUAAGAAGAAGAAAAAAGACUCUGAAGAGAAUCCUUCUCAACGAGGGAGGAGGCUACAAUCUAGCCUGUCCAGCAGCAACAUCAGCAUCUCAUGCCUGAAGGCAGCUGAGGAAGGUUCGCCAAAUGAACCUAGGGUGAAAACAACCUUGGGGAGCAAAGCUCUGUCCCAUGACAGCAUCUUUAUGUUGGAUCCUGAGCUUGAAAGAUCAACAAAUAUAAAGUACUCCACUCCGGAGACACAAAAAGGCAUACCUCAGCAGAAAGCUCAUACUUCCAGAACUUUGCCUAGAAUUGGAACUGUUGUUAUGCAUGGAGCUGACUAUGAAGCUAUGCCCUGCUAUGCACCCAGAAGUGGAGUCCGGCGUCCAGGCUCUCCGAUCCCUGAGACCCUAGUACUUCGCCCACGCCAACAAAGCACCAGCCCACCAAUUAUGAGGUCUCAUGCAAUCUCUAAGGACUUGGAAUUAAUCUCUAUUGAGGAAGAGUCAUAUAAGAGCGUACUUAAAAAGACUUCACCACACAAGCUGUUGGCAUUGAAAAGGAAAUCCUUUGAGAAACCUUCUGGAUCAGUUUGCUCACAUUUCUUGACCACAUUUGCCAUGAUGAACUCUCCCAGCAGCACCCAGCCCACUAGUUUUGGCACCCCAGCCACCACCAUGAGCUGUUUGGAUACUUUAGCUGCUCGACACAAGAUGACUUUAAAUCCCAGGAAAUAGAAGAAACCCUUAACACCUGAAAUUCCUGAAACAAGAGACUUGGAAACCAACUCAGAAGAUGAACUAAAACCUUUGCAAAUUUCUCCUGAGGAAGUUGUAUGUUUUGAAGGAUCCAUAUUCCAAAGAGAGAUGGUGAAAAGAAAGGAGGAUCCAAACUUUCAACUGUUUGCUGAAGAAGAGAAGUUUGCAACCAAAUCAAGACAAGAUGAGCAAAAGACAAGAGAUGAUGUUUAUACAGAAUCCACCAGCCAGAAACAGAGUGACAAAGCAGAGCUUUGUGAAAAGAAGACCACAGAACAAGAUUCUGCUGUAAUUCCAGACUACCCAUUGUCUGACCCCAUUGAACAAGUGCAUGGAAGAAAUGACUCAAGUGCUUCUGGAACAAGUGAGAGUGAAUCAACAGGAAGAAGAUUUCAACAGUCCAGUCUAGGAUUUGAUAUCAGUGAUGAAACUAGGUCCCCACCUCCUGAUAAGUGUUCUAGUGACAUGCUUUGGCAUAUGUUCAUGGAGAAGUCAAGCCUGAGUCCACCUACCACUGUACCAUCUGAGGUCAUUACUCCUCAAGAGUUGGUCUCAGAUAAAGAUCAUAUGGGAGGGCAAAAAUAUAUUCCAGAUUUAGAAUCCACAAAAGCAUCAGCACCACUAAUUAUGUCUGAAGAUGUAAAGGAGUCUAUGAUUCAAAGCUCACCUUCCUACUUUGGAGAUAAUAAUUCUGUAAUUGAGAAAACAACAGAAGAAACCAGAGAGUCUCUUUUGUCGAUGAUAGACAGCCUAUCUGCCAAGCAAGAAGAUGUUGCUGUCCCCAUGGCAAUGGAGAAACAAGUAUCUGAGGAGACUUCUCAUUUCCCCUCAGAAGAUGUAACUGCUUCCAGCAUUGAUUUCCCGAGUAUCCAUUUUAAAAUGGAAUCAGUUCAAGAUCUUCCAUCUCUCUUCAAAGAAAAACCUACUGGGAGCCUUUGCCAGGCCUUUCAAAGCAGUGUUUUGAGCACAGCCAGUGCUUUAGCCGAAGAAGACAUUUCCACAGAAAAGCCUCAUAUGAUCUUUGCCUGGUCCUCAGAAAAGCAUGAUGGUGAUGAUGAUGAUGAUGAAGUGCUCUUGGAUUCCAGCUGUGCUUCAAAGGAACGGGGUGGCAAUCACCGGCCACUAACUCCUGGAUAUUCUUUCCACUCCACACAGAUAGUUCCAGAUGAACCAGAAGUCUCUCCAGAUUUAGAAGAGUUUUCUAUUCCCCCAAAUUCCUCUGAGAAGCAAAUGUCCACCAAAUUUUAUGUCCAGUCCAUUGAGAAGUUCCAGGCUGAUGAUGUUCUGGUCAAAUCAGAGAGGUUUAUAGAGGAGGGGACUGAUUCUAACCAGCUUAUGAGUCUCGGAUAUACUAUCUCAUACUUGGUGAAGUCUGAAGAGAGCCCAGGAGUCUUCACAGAAUCCAAAGGUUCUGAGAAAUCGAGCACUCCUGAGGAGGAGCUGACUCCCACAGGCACCUCCCAGGCUUGGGUAGAGGCUGAAGAAGUUUCCACAGAAUCAAAUAGUUUUGUGGAGAAGUACAAUAGUGCUGAAGAUUGGAGCAGCUCAGAGGAAGGGGUGACUUCCAAACCCCCUUCUGAAACUUCAGAGAAGUCUGACAACCAAGAGGAAAUUACCUCUACUUCCAUGAACCUGCCUGAUGAGGAAAGUGUCUCUGAGGAACAGCUUACUUCCACAGACCCUUCUCAACUGACUGAGAGGCCCACUGCUCAGCGCCAGCACUCCUCCAGCUCAGUGAGUGCUUCUGAAGAACAGAUCAUACUUGAAGAGUCUCCCAGUCUGCCUAUUCAGCCCCAGGUGAGCCCCCAAAUUGAAAAACAAGUCUCUUCAGAGAUCACAGUUGAGUGUGGCAUUGCUACAGAGAAUCUGCUUCUUGAAACCAUUUUGAAUCAUCCCAUUAGGCCGAAAACUGAGGAAAAAGUCACAUCAGAUAUGGAAAUAAUGCCUCCAGAAGAGAUCACUUCUGUGGAACCACUGCUAGGAGAAGACCCUCCUCAGUCCUCCUUGCAAGAGGAAGGCAAGCCAGAAAUUUCCACAGGUACAGAGAGCACAGAUGUUGAAGAAAGGAUCUCUGUAAAUAUUCUGCUGCCCAAAAUUUUACCCCAGUCAUUUGUUGGACAGGAAGAGAAGCCAGAAGUCCUUUGGGAUGCAAAAAGUUCCCUGGGGGAGGAGACCCCUGCUCAGUCACAGUUCUGGGAGAAACCUCUUGUCAAUCCCCAUGGCUCUGCAGAUUCAGAUAACAGAGUAAAAGAGGAGAGCAUUUCAGGUGAGUCCUCCAGACUCCCUUCCCAGUCCUUGGUGAGCCCAAAAUUUGAGCCAAAAUUUCCCUUUGAAGAAAGACCAGUAGUUGAAGGGAAGAGUUCUCUGGUGGCAUCGCCUCCUAAAGUUCCUCUCAAGUCAUUGAUCAGCCCUACAAAACAGGAGGAUACGCUGUCAGAUUUGGAAGAGGCAACUGCAAAGAAAACCAGUCCAAUGGAGCCAGUGCUCCCUAGUUAUUCUUCAGUUGAACACAGCUCCCAGAGCACAUUUGCUGAAAAGAGCAAGUUAAUAGAGAGGUUGCUGCCCAGGUGGCCUAUCCCACCUUUUGGAAAGUCAAAAUCCCAGCCAUGUUCACCCCCACGCCAAGUGACGAAGGUUUCUGCCAAAUGGAGCAGCUCUAGGGAGCCAUUGCCUCCCUGCAGCCCUUUUCCACCAUGGAAGAGCCCAAGAUAUAAGCAGCAGACAUAUACAGUUACUGAAUUCAAGGCAAUCAAAACAGAGGCCCAGGAGAGCAUUUGUUCGGAGACACCAACUUCCGAACAGUAUUUGAAGACCUGGGAGACCUUAUCUUCUGAACAUUACUCACUAUGUCCAAAGAAAAUUGCUGAGGAUUGGGGCAUCUCUUUAGAACCACUGCCACCCAGAACACGUUCUUCGACCUCAGUAAGGUCACGCAUUGCUCGAGCAAUCACCUCAAGUAGCAAGAGUGCUUCUUCACAGUGGUCUAAGUCUGAGCAACCAAUGCCUCCUAGGUACACUGUCCAACCCUGGGUGAGCACCAAACCUGAGAAGAAAGGCUUUGAAACUCCAGAGAGAGAUGUGGAGGAAAGGGACACACCUCUGGAGCAGAUGAAUCCUGGAGCCCCUGUCAAGGUCACUAUGAAACCAACAGUCAAACAAACCAUGGAAGCAGGUCCAGAGAGUACUACCAAGGAGAAGGCAAUACCAACAAAGAACCUGCCUCCCAAACAACCCCGGUCCAUGAUAAAACCCAAAUUCCAGCAAGCCUCCACUGAUUUUGAGAGCUUGUCCAAGGAGGUAGUUUCUGAAAAGAUUUCUGAAAAGCCUGUGUUACCCAAAUAUCCAACCCAGUUCUCAGUGAGGCCAAAAGUGCAGGAAAUGCCCAGCCAUCCAGGAACGGCUGCAGUAGAAGGAGGCAAGCUGUCCUCCAGAAAGCCUUCCCAGUCAUUUGUGAAGUACAUGGCCCAACAGAUCUUUUCUGAGGGUCCUGCCAUUGCAGGAGGAACUCGCGGUCAUUCUCUGGCCUCAAAUAAGCCUUCCAAAUAUUUAAUGAAAUCAAAAGUGGAACACCCGAUUAGCUCAAGUAGGGAGAAUGUUGUUGAAGGCAUUUCUACCAAGCAGUCACGGACCCAUCAUCCUUUAAAGUCUUUGGGAACAUCUGAAGACCUUGAUGAAGUCUGUUCACCAGUGGAGAAUCCUUUAGCUAAGUGGGGUACUGCAAGAGAGAAGCUGCCUCUCAAACCUCUUCCCCGGGGAAAGUCUGAGUACCAGCAAGAUGAGAGGUCUGUUGAAGAAAGGAAGAGUCCUGAGGAGAAGAAGCCUCCCAGAUACCCUUUCCAAGCUGAAAAUAGAGCUGGCUUCCAGUCUCAGAAGUUCCCCAAAGGCUCCAUAAGUUCCAUCUCUGGUGCUGAGGAACAGUUGUCUCUCAAAGACCCUUGGCAGGUAGUAGAAGAACCUGAGCCUCAACAACCAGUUUAUUCCAAAGCCAUGGGUGAUGCUGCUGAUGGAGUCAAAUCUGAGGGAAAUCUCAGCAGUUGGUCCCUACCAAGACCCCCAAUUUCACCAAGCAAAACCAGAAAACAGUAUCAGAGCUCUGAAGACAUCCUUAAGAACAUCCAGAACCCUGCUUCCAAAGCUGUGAAGUUCUCCCUUCCUCCGACAAGUGAAACACCCUCUUCUGGGAGCAUUUACUCUAAGGAAGUUAUAAAGCAAGAUAAUGGAAAUAAAACCAGUGGUUUAGAGUUUUCCACCCACAAAACCGAUGUUGAAACCCUAUUUGGAGUCAGACUGAGAAAAACCUCACAGAAGUACAAGAGCGACAAGCCAGAGGGCUACUCCAGUAUUCUGUCAUUAUCCAAAGGCCAAGUUUCAUCGCCACUAGUUCAAGAGCAGCAAAGUAGUGUCUCCCAGGGGCACCUACCAACCUCAGAGAACCUCACCAAAAUAUCUAACUUAGAAGAGAAGCCACACAGCAGAUAUACACCUGAGAGCAUGACCAAGAAGCAAGACCAAUACAAGAUUCCAGAAAAGACUCAUACUCGAAAAUCAGAUCAUGCCUCCUAUGAGCCAACUUGGAUGACCAUGGUAAAGCAGAGACAGAAGAUUUUCCAAGAAGAUCUGCCAGUGAAAGAACCAAAGUUUAAGAGCAUUGCUGAAGCCAAGAUUGAACCCAAAUAUGGGGGAGUUGGAGCUUCAAAUAUCCAAUCAACCAAGAAGGUUUACUCUUCUCCCUAUGCUGACACAGAGCAGAAGAUGGCACUUGUGAAUCAACUCAAGUGUACCCUGGCAGCAGGACUUGAAGAGAAAAGGGUUUCUCAAGCAGGUGACGUAAGUAAAGAAGCAAAAAAUUCUGCAGCUCUCCCAGUGAAGCUUCAUCAGCCUGCUGACUCAGCUGAGCCAGCCUGGUUCUCCAUGGCCAAGAAGAAAUCCAAAGCAUGGAGCAAUAUAAGUGACACCACGCAAUAA